UCCUACUAAAUAUUUCUAUAGUAAUGAACAAUACGUUAAACUUGUAUGGUUCACAAACAUCCAUCUUCUAGGUCUAUCCGUGAUCAUGGGGUUGAGUGCGUCAUCUCUCUAUUUGACAUAAUUUAUCGAGUCCAGACACUGGGAGUUAGCAACCUAUAGCAAGUUUGGCGAGCUGCACUAAGAACAAGACAAAGAAAGUAGACUAACAAAAAGCAGUCAGAGUCAUGCAAUUACAGUGUUUUUAAGGGACCGCAGUGCAAAAUGUGGCAACACAGUUCUCACUACUCGUCCAAACCAAUUGAGCUCACACGCUGCUUUGCUCCCAGCUCACACAAGCUCCUCAAUUCUAUGGCCCUCGUGGCUACACAAAUCCCCCUUUCUCCUCCGCACGCUCCAUAUUUAAAUCCUCCGCACCGCAGCCUCCGUCCCUCCAUCCGGAGCUUCCAACUCCACCUACCAAGGAGAGAGAGAGAAAAAAAAUUCUCACCCACCAAAUUGAUUCGCACACGAAACCAAUCACAAUCAAAUAUCAUCUGAGGUCUCGGCUCUUGGGGGGUUCAAAGAUUUUGGCAUCCGUGGUUCGUGGGAGCUCCAACUCCAAGUGGUUUAGCUUGAUUUCUUGGUCUCUUUGUGCAACAUGUUGUCUCUGAGCUGCCCAUGGGUGUCCAUGAGCAAGAAGGCGUUCGAUUUGGGGCAGCUGGCCUCCUGCCGGUGCCGCUGGGCCGGCACGCGGGCGGCGCCGAGACGGCGACGCGCGCCAUGUGUUUGCUUCGUUGCCUCACCCACCCAGCCAGGCCUUGCUGCAAUCGAUGUGACCGGAGAAACGAUUUCUAGUGCGACGACAGCAAGCGUCCCUGAACGCAUUUCUGUUUCUUCACUACUGGAGGUUGUCUCGGACGACUUACUCAAGCUCAACAACAAUCUGAAAUCGCUUGUUGGUGCAGAAAAUCCAGUUUUGGUUUCUGCAGCAGAACAAAUUUUUGGUGCUGGUGGAAAGAGAUUAAGACCCGCAUUAGUUUUUCUGGUGUCCAGAGCAACUGCUGAAUUAGCUAGUUUGUCGGAGCUAACAACAGAACAUCAACGCUUGGCAGAGAUCAUAGAGAUGAUUCAUACUGCAAGUUUAAUACAUGAUGAUGUCAUAGAUGAUAGUGGGAUGAGAAGAGGAAAAGAAACGAUCCAUCAGGUCUAUGGAACACGGGUGGCUGUGCUUGCUGGUGAUUUUAUGUUUGCCCAAUCUUCUUGGUUUCUUGCAAACCUAGAAAACAUUGAAGUUAUUAAGCUCAUCAGCCAGGUAAUCAAGGAUUUUGCCACUGGUGAGAUAAAACAAGCAUCUACUCUUUUUGACUGCGACGUCACCCUUGAUGAUUAUCUGCUCAAGAGCUAUUAUAAAACCGCUUCUCUUGUCGCAGCAAGCACAAGGUCUGCUGCCAUAUUCAGUGGUGUCGGUACCACUAUAUGUGAACAAAUGUACGAAUAUGGCAGGAAUCUUGGGCUCUCUUUCCAGGUAGUAGAUGAUAUUCUUGAUUUCACCCAAUCAGCCGAGCAACUUGGCAAACCAGCAGGCAGCGACCUGGCAAAGGGAAACCUGACAGCUCCAGUCAUUUUCGCCUUGCAAGAUGAGCCCCAGCUAAGGGAGAUAAUCGAUUCGGAGUUCAGUGAACCUGGUUCCUUGGCUACUGCAAUAGAGUUAGUUCAUCGAAGCGAUGGAAUAAGAAGGGCUCAGGAGCUUGCAAAGGAGAAAGGCGACUUGGCUAUACAGAACCUGCAGUGCCUCCCGAGGAGCGAGCUCAGAAGCACCCUUGAGAAGGUGGUGAAGUAUAAUCUCCAGAGGAUUGACUCCACCAACACAAGAAAGAAAUCUCCUUCCCUUUCCUUUCCUUCCCUUCCCCCCUCCGAUUCGCUUCUCCUCUUCUCGAGCGCUGCACGCGGUGACGCGGCGAGAUCGGGAGGAGGCCGCCGAGGUCGCAGCCCUAGACCUCGCCGUGCGCCGGUGCUUCUCCGCUGUUGUUGCGGUCGCUCGCCGCCAGCCUCCGCGGCGCGGCCCGCGACGUCCCCGAUCCCGCGGCCUUUUGUGGGGAGCAGCGAGUGCCGUGUGCCUGCGCAUAGGCUCUGCUGGAGGCGGAGGCGUGGUGUUUGGCAGCGGUUUGGUGGGAGAUCCGCGGGCGGGAUGCAGCAGGAGCAGCGGAAGAAGAGUUCUGCAGAGGCCGAGUUUUUCACAGAGUAUGGGGAUGCAAACCGGUACAAGAUCCAAGAAGUCAUUGGUAAGGGAAGCUAUGGGGUUGUGUGUUCUGCCAUUGAUUUGCACACUCGACAGAGAGUGGCGAUCAAGAAGAUACACAAUAUCUUUGAGCACGUCUCUGAUGCCGCAAGGAUCCUCCGUGAGAUCAAGCUUCUGAGGCUCCUAAGGCAUCCUGACAUUGUUGAGAUCAAGCAUAUUAUGUUACCUCUUUCAAGAAAAGACUUCAAAGAUAUUUAUGUUGUUUUCGAGCUUAUGGAGUCCGAUCUCCACCAAGUUAUAAAGGCCAAUGAUGACUUGACAAAAGAGCAUUACCAGUUCUUUCUCUAUCAAUUACUCCGGGCCCUCAAAUACAUUCAUACUGCUAGUGUUUAUCACCGAGACCUGAAGCCCAAGAAUAUUUUAGCAAAUUCUAACUGCAAAUUGAAAAUAUGUGACUUUGGACUAGCACGAGUUGCAUUCAACGAUACCCCAACAACAGUCUUCUGGACGGAUUAUGUUGCAACAAGAUGGUACAGAGCUCCAGAGCUCUGUGGAUCCUUCUUCUUGAAGUAUACACCAGCUAUUGACAUUUGGAGCAUCGGAUGCAUCUUUGCUGAGGUACUGACAGGGAAACCUUUAUUUCCUGGAAAAAAUGUUGUCCAUCAGUUAGACUUGAUGACUGAUCUUCUAGGCACACCAUCAAUGGAUACAAUUUCUCGGGUCCGGAACGAGAAAGCCAGAAGGUACUUGACCAGCAUGAGAAAGAAAGAGCCGGUUCCAUUUUCUCAAAAGUUUCCCAGUGCAGAUCCUUUGGCACUAAAACUCUUGGAAAAGCUUUUAGCAUUUGAUCCAAAGGACCGUCCGACUGCAGAAGAGGCACUGAGGGAUCCAUACUUUAAAGGCCUUGCCAGGGCUGAAAGAGAACCAUCCUGUCAACCAAUCAGAAAAGUGGAAUUUGACUUUGACCACAGAAGAAUGUCAAAGGAAGAGAUAAGGGAGCUGAUAUUCCGGGAGAUAUUGGAAUAUCAUCCACAAUUGCUAAAUAGCUACAUAAACGGCAAAGAGAAGACAACCUUUCUCUACCCAAGUGCUGUCGAUCAAUUUAAGAAGCAGUUUUCUCAUCUUGAAGAAAGCGGUUGUAAUGGCACAUCAGUUCCAAUGGAGAGAAAACACGCAUCCCUUCCCAGGACUACUGUUGUCCACUCAGAUCCAAUUCCUGCCAAGGAACCUCUUGUUGCCUCAUCAAGGGCUAGACCAGUCACCGAUGAUUCAUGUAAAAAUACUUGGGAGAAAGAAAGACUUCCUGGAAAUGUUCCCAGGGCUUCUCAGGCCCCACAAGGGCUGCCAUCAGUGGGAUCGGGAAGAACUGAUGGUUCAGUGAUGAAUCCAGGGUAUCCUCCUCAUCAACAAAUCCCACAAGCAUAUGGUUAUCGUCAAAUGCCUGCACGUGUGGGCACACAGGCCAUGGGGGGUUAUACACUGCACUCGCAGGCCUAUGCUUGUGCAAACAGCAAAGCCACGCCUGAUGUUGCUGUAAACAUGAGAGUACCCCCGUUCCAUGUUCCAGCUGGCCCCAAGAAUAACCCAUUAGAUAGAAUAGCAUCAGAGACCGACAUAUACACAAGAUCUCUUAACGGCAUUGUUGCUGCUACCGCAGUAUCAGUAGGCACUGCUACUGGUACUCACAGGAAUGUCGGUGCUGUGACCUCUGGCAUGUCAAGGAUGUAUUAGCUGCUGAAACGAUGGCACGUGUUAGAUUUCUGGCGGCAGCUUCUCCUGGAUUAGCCUGGAAGAAGCGGCGGACGGUGGUCACAUAAAUAUAAGCAAGCAGUCCGGAAGAGGUGGUCUCAGAGUCUUGGCCUCUUUCAUAUGUUGUUUGUACGCCAUCUAUUCAGGCGGAAAUUGUGCUAUUUCUUGCACAAACAAAUGAUUAAUUAAUUGAUUUAUUUCAAUGGAAA